AUGAGGAAAAAGAAUAAUACAAAAAAGAUCGGUCAAAAAACGAACGAACCUAAUAGUAAUAAUACACAUAAUGAAACCACCAAUUAUUUCAACAUAAGCGAAAUAAAAGAAUUAUAUAAUAACAAAAAUAAUGAUAUAUAUGAAAAAAUUUUUGAUAAUAAUAAUAAUGAACAACGUGGACGUAAAAGAAAAAGAAAAAAAGAAAAUAUAGUAUGUGAAAAUAGCAAUAAUUUAUCUUCUAUAUAUAAAAAAAAACAAAUAAAGCAAACAAAUAUAAUAUAUAAUAAUCAAAAUGAUCAUCAUCAUAAUAAAGAAUCUAUUGCACAAUCAGAAGAAUAUCAUUAUUUAUAUAACCCUUCAUUUAUUAAACGAAGUAAAACAAAUAAUGAAGUGAACACAUUAACAAAUAUAAAAAAUAUAAAUAUAAACAAUACUGAUCAAUAUAGUAAGAAUAAUUUUCCAUAUUCUAAUAGAAAAUUUGAUCAGACAUACAAGAAAUCAUCAUCAACAUAUAAUACAAGAGAUAUCAAUAAAAAUAAUAAAAUUAUAAAUGAAAGUAGCAAUAUACAAAAGAAUUGUAAUAUAAACAAAAAUUAUAACAUCAAUCAUUCAUUGAAUAAAUAUGAUUUUAUUAGAUUUGUUUGUUCCCCAAAUAAAAGCAAACAAAAAGUUAAUGAUAUGGAUAGUCCUAAAAAAAGGUUAGAAACAAAAGAAUAUUGUAAACAAACCAGUAUAAUUAAUACAUGCAAUCAUCAAAAUAAUAAAAUUGAUGAUGUUAUAUACAUAACAAAUAAGGAAAACCAAGAUAAUUAUAAAAAUAAUAUCAAUCAAAAUAAAAACAAAACAGAUACAACCACACAAGAUGAAAAUAUAACGAAAGAAUCACAAAAAAUCAAAAAUGAUAGAAAUAUAAAAAUGGAUAAAAAUAUCCAAGCUCAAAAAAAAAAAAUUGAAAACUCUUCAAAUGAUAAUAUACCAUUGAUAGAUCUAAAUGAUGAAGAAUCAAUAAAUAGAUUAAGCAGAAACUUUUUUAUAAAUAACAAGAAAUUUUUUAUAAAUGAUAUUAGUAAGGAUAAACUAUCAAACGAUUCAAUAAAUAAAUAUUAUGAAUAUGGAAAUAUAUCUCCAUACAAAUUGGGAAGUCACUAUAUGGAUGAUUUGUCAUGUCAUAAUAAGGAAGUGCAAAGCAUAUACAAAACAACAACAAAUAAUAAUAAUAAUUAUAAUAAUAUUGAGAAUGGUACUAAUACGUCUAAGCAUCAUAAUAAUGUUAAUUAUAAUAAUAACAAUAAUAUUAAUGACAAUAUUAAAGUGAAUGAUCUUAAUCAUAUAAAAGAUCAUAAUAAUAAUUAUUUCACAUAUGAUCAUACUAGUCAUCAUGGAGAAGAUUAUAUAAACAAUCCAUAUGAUAAAAUUAAAACAAAUAAAAAUUUAAAUACACUAAGAAAUGUAAAUAUUUACGAAUCGAAUGUUCAUGCAUACCCUAAUAACACGUAUAGAGAUAAUAAUAUUGAGAAUGAUUAUAAAAUUCAUAGAGAUAAUAACAUGGAAAAUAAUAAAUAUAACAUAUAUAGUGAUGAUAAUAAAAAUAAUGAUCUACACGAAAAUAUGAAUGAAUAUAUAAAAGAAAACUAUAAAACAACCAAAUCGCUAUAUAGCUAUUUAGAUUUAUCUUAUAAUUGUUCGAACGAAGAAAUAAAAAAGGCAUAUAAAGAAAAAAUUAAGGUGUGUCAUCCAGAUAAAGGUGGAAAUAUUAAAGAAUUUUUACAAUUAAAAUUUUCAUAUGAUAUAUUAAGUGAUAAGAAAAAAAGAAAAAUGUAUGAUAAAUAUGGAAAUAGUAUAUUAGAAUUAUUAAUUAGUGAUAAUAUUUAUGAUUAUAAUAUAUCAUCUGAUGAAAAAAAUGAAGAAGAAAUUAUAGAUGAGGAAUAUAUUAAAAUAUAUGAAUUAUUUGUACAAAAAUAUCAUAAUAUAUCAUAUUUACAUAAUUUGUUAGAUUUAAAAAUUACCAAUUCUCAAUAUAAUCAUUUUCAGAAAUUAAUUUAUCAUUUUUGUAAUAUGGAUACAAAUAUAUUUAAAAAUAUUUUAUAUUUAUAUCCUAUAUAUUCACCUAAUAUAUCUACUUAUAAUAAAAAAAGUAACAACAAAAAAAAUGAAAACCAAAAUAAUACUACAAUAUCGUUUGAAGAACAAACUAGUCAAUUCUCACAAGAAACAUUAUCUGAAAAUUCUUCAAUUAGUCAUGAGACAACAACAAAAGAAUUAAACAUAUUUGAUACCAUUGAAAAAAAAAACUUUGGGAAUUUAUUUUUUGAAAUUAAUAAAGAAUUUGAUCAUUUUUACAAAAAUUAUUUAAUACACAAAAUGAAGUCAACUAACCAAAAAAAUGAAACUCAAGGGAUAAAUGAAAAUGUUCAAAAUAUAUAUGAAUAUAAUAAUAAGGAUAAUAACUCGCAUACAUUAUAUGAUUAUAAUAAUGAAAUGGAAACACCACUAAAUUCUACUCCUAUGAAAGAAAACAUAGAAAAUAAAAAUAAAAAAAACGACCCUUUUUUUAAAGACAUACAAGUAUCUCCAGUUAUCUAUAAAAUUAUUAAUGAAAAAAAUGAUAAACUUAUGGACGACUUUUAUAAAUGGUUUGAAUACUUUUUUGAUCAAUCAGAAAAUGAUCAGCAACAAAAAAUUCAACAAAAUUGGGAAACAAAUAAAAUAGACACUGAUAUAUACACAGAUAAAAAUAACAAUUGUAAUGAGAAUAAUAAUACAUGUUGUGACUACAUACGUAUAGAAGAAAAACAGAAAAAUAUAGCAAAUGAUUGUAUGCAUAAUAAUAAUGUACCAUAUAUAUAUCAACAUGUGAAUAAACCAUAUAUAAAACAAAAUAACAAUUACACUAUAGAUGAAAAACAAAAUAAACAUGUUAAUUUAUAUAAUAUAUAUCAAAAUGAUAAUAAUUUUUAUGAUUUAUGUAAUGAAACACCUCAUCAUAGUAUUAAAAAAAAAAGCAAAUCAAUAAAAACUCCCAUUAUCUAUAAAAACAAUAUGGAAGAAUCUCAAAGAAUUGCUUAUUCUUCUUUUGAAAAAAAAACAUAUCAUUCAUCUUAUAAUUUACAUAAUAAAGAACACAAAUUCAUAAACCAUCCUUAUUAUAGUCCCAUAAAAACAAAUAUAAGAACAAAUAGAUUAUCACCUUAUAUUUAUUCGGAAGAACAAAGUAUAAACAAAACAAACCACAAUCAUAUAUAUAAUUACACAUUAAAUGUUGAGGAAAAAUAUGGAUUUAAUUUAUUUAAAAAAAGUGAUCAUAAAAUAAAAGACUUAACACAUGAUUUUAAUUAUAUUUAUAUAGGAAACAAUAUGAAUAACCAAUCAAAUGAAAACCAAAAUAAAGAAGAGACAAAAAAAAAAAAAAAGAAUUUUUUUUUCUUCUUAUUUAUAAAACAAGAAUGUAUAAACAAUUUUUUAAAAAUUAAAUUACUUAUACAUAAAAUGAAAGAAAAAAAAAACAAUCUGAAAUUAAUUUCCUUGUUUCAAAAUCAAAUAGAUAAAUAUAUGAAAAAUAUGGAAUACAUAUUAUUAUUAACAACAUAUAAAGAAGAAUUGAUACCAUUAAAUGAUUUUUAUCUUCUAGAUAAAAAUAUAUAUACAAAACGUUUUUAUUGUAUACCUAUAUAUAUAAAAAAAAAUAAUCUUCUUAUCAGACCAAAUUUUUUUCAUAUAAAAUGGAUUGUAUAUACACUACAAUCAUUAAUAUUUUGUAAUUUCUUUUUUAAAAAAAUUAAUAAAUAUAUGUGUACAUAUCCAUUCUUUAAUUAUAAAUAUACUCAUUUCAAGAAAUAUAUAAAUCAACAUAAUGAACAAGAAAAUAACGAUGAAAAUGGCAUAACAACGAUUAACACAAAGUUUUAUGACAACUAUAUUUUUUUUCAACAUCAUAUAAUAAAAAAUAAAAUGAAAUAUGUAAAAUAUUUCCCUCAUCAUCUCAUGUUAAACUUUAAAGAUCUACAAUCAACAAAUAUGAAGGAUAACAAAAAUGUCCAUAUACACAUAUCACCCAUCUUUGUUUUAACACCAAACAAAAUAUAUCCAAGUGUAGAUAAUAAAAUGAAUUAA